AUGUGGGCUCCUGUGGUGGCGCGUAUUCGGUCAUACUGGCCACACUGCAGACUCUGUUGUCAGUGCAGACACGAGUGCGGCGGCCAGUGCUGCCCGCCUACAGCUGCAGCCGCCCCCGCCGCCAGCAUGACGAUGGACCUGAACGUGUCGUCGCGGGCGCCGCUGUGCUCGCCGCCGCUGGCGCUGGACAAGGCGUCGGCGUCGUCGCCGCCCGUGUCCGCCCCCUCGCCCGUGUCGUCGUCGGCCCCCGGCAAGCGCAGCUUCGACGUCGCCUUCCUGGUGGGGCCCGACGAGCGGCUGGAGGCGGCGCGCAGCGGCAAGCAGGCGCGGGCCGCAGACGCCCACCCCCAGUGCCACCCCCAGCCCCACCCCCAGGCGCAGCCGCACGGCCAGCUGCGGGUGGUGACAGCGAGCGCGCUGCUGCGCCGGCCGCCAGCGCCGCCCUCGCCGCCCCCGCACCAGCCGCCGGCCCCGCAGCUCUACUACCACUCCGAGGACUACAUCCGCAGCGCCUUCACCAAGGGCUCCGGGGGCAGCGAGCUGCUGCUGAAGGCGGCGGUGCCCUCUCUGGGGGCGGGCAUGGGCCCGCGGCUCUACCCCGGCGGCGUGUCGGGCCACGAGGCGUACCUGCCGGCGCUGUGCUACCCGCCGUUCGCCGACCUGCUGGUGGCCGCCGCGGCGCUGCUGCCGCCGUCGCUGGCGGCGCUGUCGCUGCCGGCGCAGAACGUGUGCGCCAAGUGCAACGUGAGCUUCCGCAUGACGUCGGACCUGGUGUACCACAUGCGGUCGCACCACAAGGGCGAGUCGCAGGCCGAGGCGCUGCGGCGGCGGCGCGACCAGGACAAGCUGCGCUGCCCCGUCUGCGCAGAGACGUUCCGCGAGCGCCACCACCUCACGCGCCACAUGACGGCGCACCAGGACAAGGAGGGCGACCUCGUCGACGACAAGUGA